UUGCUGCUCAUCGCCGUUUUUAGCAUUGAAUCUUGCUACGGUAAGCACUAUUCACCAUUCAUAGAUAAUUAUAAUUUUAAAUUUCUUCAGGAAUGGGAAAAGAUUGAUAUGCCUGAUGUGGGAAUGGUUGACGUUCCAAUUAAUUUAUCACCUCCGCUGCAUUCUGCGUUGUUUGCUCUUUCCCGACGGUUUGGAGAUACUUCAGUCGCUCAUCUCUUAUCAAGACAAGUUCGAAAAAGACUCAGCAAUGAAAUCUCUGAGUUGAUAGCCAGAGUGUUUGAAGCUUUAACAUCAAAGGCAAAUGUUGCUCAAAGAACAUGGGUUCAGAUACUGUUCGAUUGUCGAAUUGUCAUGACAAUGUUCCCCAACGACAAAUUCAAAAAAUUACAAAAUGAAAUCGAAACUCAUAUAGAUCCUUUUGAUAUCAGCUUGUUGUCCAGCCAUUUAGCUUCCAAUGUUAGACUAGCUACUCAUCGAUCGCAGCUUCUAUACUCGUGCUUGCUUCUUGAUGUUCUGCCAAAUAAGGAUAUUCAAUAUUCACAGUCUUAUGCUCAAGUCAUAGAUAUUCUUCCGAAGCCAGAUCGUCCUCUUCGGAUAUCACUCAUACCCAGAUUGGAAAGAACGCAGUCGGAGGAAAUAACCAAACGGCUUCAAGCUUCCAAGGUUUCCAAAAACAAAUUGUUGUCAAACCCCCAAUCAGCGGCUAAGAACUCUGCCAGCUUCAGUUCACUCUAUGACAAGAUGUCCAGUAGUUUCAGUUUCUUCGGUAACUAA